CGACAUUCUUCCGCCCGGCGAGUCACUUGCACGUCAGUAUCACGUCCUUUUGCCUUGAUCGUUUCUGUGAACCUGAAAUUCAAUAACCAAGCAAGUUGAGAGUCAUCAUGGCGUUCGGUCUUGGAAAGUUGAAGACUUUGGGGCUUUCAGUCCUGAUCUUUGCCAUGUUGGUCGCUGGAUUUGACAAGACAGAGGAUACCAAAAACCGCUUCCAGCUUCACGUUACGGGCACGCGAAUAUUGGGGUUGCUGAUUGUCAUAUUUGUCGUGUCAAACUUCAAGUCGAUGCCAUUUGUUUGGACACUUCGAGUUCUUUAUACAAUUUCGUACCACACUGUCCUCCGCAAAUCGCCCCAAUUGGGCCCCAAAGCGCUCUUCAAGCCUGUCAUCGCGACUACUUCUACGUCCCUGAUCGAAGUCGAUUAUUACCUUCACAAGUCCAAUUCGACAUACUUCGCCGACCUUGACGUGGCGCGUGCACAUUUGAUCGCGUACCUGUUUCGCCGUGGCUUCGGUCGACUGUCCAAUAACAUUGAGCUCGGAAUUGUUCUCGAUCCAAGGACUGGUAAAGCGAUGAGCGGCCGACUGGGUAUCAAUCUAGGUGCUGUUGAAACAUGCUUCCGGCGUGAAAUUACAGCGUUUAAACAGGUCGAGAUGUGGAGUUAUGUCUUGACUUGGGAUCGCAAGUGGUUGUACAUUGUCACGCAUUUCGUACCAAAGGGUACAGUGCUUCCGACAGAGUGGCUCGAUCCACGGUUUGCAAGAACACCGACCCGGCCGCUCCUCAAAGAGUCUGGCGAUUUGGCCAAGAAGAUUUACGCCACUGCUUUGAGUAAGUACGUGUUCAAGCUGAAACGCCUUACAGUGCCGCCAUCAACUGUGCUGGAGGAGGCUGGUCUGUUGCCAACCCGACCUGGAGGAUGGGCAAUUGGCGAGCAGGACCUAGAGUCAGUGGAGGAGGAUAUUCCGGGUGCUGGUAUGAGGAAAGAUGGCGAAUGGGAUUGGAGACGGGUUGAGGCUCAAAGACGUAGGGGAAUUGAGUUGAUUAGCAAGCCAAACCAUCUCGAUUUGAUCCAUGAUGGCUUUGAUGGCGGUAGUGAUGGAGCCAUUGGAAGGUUUAGCCCUGGUUAG